CCAGCAUGGCCUUGGUUUUGCAGCUGCUGGUUCUGCUGCUCUCCAGGGUCCAGGGGGAUCCCGGGGCUUCUUUGCAAGGCCGCCCUGGUGAGAAGGUGAAUCUCUCCUGCACGGGAGUCUCACAUCCCGUCCGCUGGGCCUGGGCACCCAGCUUCCCUGCCUGCAAGGGCCUGUCCAAAGGACGCCGCAAGAUUCUGUGGGUCUCGACGAGCGGAACUCCCACGGUGCCUCCGCUGCAGCCAUUUGCAGGUCGCCUACGCGCCCUGGACCCUGGUAUCCGGCGGCUGGAGCUGCUUUUGAGCACGGGGGACUCAGGAACCUUUUUCUGCAAGGGCCGCAACGAGGACGAGAGCCACACGGUGCUUCACGUGCUGGGGGACAGAGCCAACUGCAGGACCCAGGAGCCCACCCACGCGUCCGUGUAUCCCCAGCUGCUGAUUCCGUUGCUGGGCGUCGGGCUGCUGCUGGGACUGGCAGCGUUGGGCGUGGCCUGGUGGCAGCGCAGACUCCUGUAUGUCCCUUGCAGGCGCUCACCCCCGCACCCGCCUCGACCACUCCCCAGUUUUGCUCCACUCGCAAAAGUGGAACCCCAGAGUCCAGUAAAGGAGGAGGAAGAGAAGGAACCACCCAACAGGUCAGGGGACCUGGAACAGGAACCGAGCCUGUUGUAUGCGGAAUUGGAUCCUACUGUGCUCAGGAGGCCCCGCCGGCUGUCCACCGUGGGCCCUGGUGAUGCCUCCACCGUAUAUGCUGUUGUAGUUUGAAGAGGCACCCACGCUGGGAGCCCUCACCUCUCCAUAGCCCUCCUCCUCUCCUUGGCCCCUCCCUUAGUUAGGAGACCUGUGGUCCAGACUGUCUGCCUUCAAUGUGGCUCCUUCACCUAUUCCCACCUCUGUUAUAGCAUCCAUGUCUUCAUCACCAGUGACCUCUCUGAAUCUCAUCAAGUCCUGUCUCCCCAUCUUACGACAUCAGCAUCCCCUGGUAGCUGCCGUAAUUCUUCCCAAUCAAGUGCUCCCCCCCUGCUCCACCCCCCGCAAUCAAGAUUUUUGAGCCAGAGCCAUACACCUGAUUCUUCCGUUUUCUCCUUUUGUGCUUUAUGCUCAUUUCUUAGCUUCUGAAAUUGUUCCUCUGUGAGGUUGCCAAUGAUGUCCUAGUGGAGAUUUUUCUUUUAUUUUUUUAAAGAUGUAUUUAUUUUUAUUUGAAAGGCAGAUUUUACAGAGAGAAGGAGAGACAGAGAUCUUCCAUCCUCUGAUCCAAUCCUCAAAGGACUGCGACAGUCAGAGCUCAGUUGAUCUGAAGCUGGAAUUCCAGGAGCUUCUUAAGGGUUUCCCCAAGUAGGUACAGGGUCCCAGGCUUUGGUCCCUCCUCUGCUGCUUUCCCAGGCCAUAUGCAGGGAGCUGGAUGGGAAGUGAAGCCGCUGAGACAUGAACUAGGUGCCCACAUAGGAUGCCAGCACUGCAGGUGGAGGAUUAGCUCACUAGUAUACUACACUGGCCCCUGGAGAUAUUUCUCAACAUUCUGGCUUGGCCUUUGAUGACCUCCUUCUUUAAAUUGUUUUUCUUCACGGCUGGUGUCCUCUUUCUGGACUCCUCUUCCUGGUGCUCUUAUGCACACUCCGCACCUCCCCUCUUACCCACACCAAGAACUCCCUCCAGCUCAGACCUCAGAGGUGGGAUUUCCCAACUGUCUUGAACCUCGCUCCGCUCCUAGCAUUUGGCAGAGCAUGUCCAAUUCAACUCUUUGUCAUCACCUCACCCUCCUUGGUAUUGUCUUGAUCAUCCAAGUUGCCCAAGCCAGAAACCAGAGUCAUGUACUUCUUGCUUCCUGUCUCACUCCCACACGAUGACACCUUUCUAUCUUCAUGUCUCUGUCAUGUGUACUCUUGUAUGUCUAGCACAGCUAUCUGAAUGUCCUCUCAUUUCCUUCCUGGGUUGCCCACAGCCCACCUCAUCCAGUUGUUCUGGAGAGAUCCUCCCCAGGCACUGACUGUCUCUGACAACCCUUAGUUUAGAACUGCAGCAACUCUGGGGCCACGCGCCUGGGCCUUGGGCCAAGGUGUACAGGUGCUAUGGCACUUUGUCCACUCUCCAGGCUUAUCUCUGUCACUCCAUGUGCACACGACAUGCCAACCUUAGGCUCUCCCUAGCCCCAGAAUGUGCUUUUGCUCAUUGUAGAGCCUUUGUCUUGAAGACUCGGUCCCUUCUCCCCCCACCUACCUAGGGAACUCCUCUUUAUCCUCAAGAUUUAGUUUCUGUUAUUUUUCUGGAGCCCUGUCCCUGCCUCCCCUCACCCACCAUGGUGUACACUUCGAAAGAAGCAGCUUUUUGUGACUUGUUCCAUCUCAACCCGCUCCUCGCUGUGUAAGGUGUUUCAUGUACCGUGAGUCCCCUGACCUGAGGGGACUGGCCCCUGCCCCUCUGUCACACCGUUGAGCCUCAGUAAAGGAAAACAAAUGUU